GGCAGUGUCCUUCACGGGAACGUUCCCUCCGAGGUGGGACAAAGGCGGCGCCAGCAUGGCUCUCAGCGCGGCGCACAAAGGCUCCGGCGGCGGCAAGGAUCUGGAAUCCCUUGACACCUGUAUCCAGAACACACUGUCUGCCCUUUAUCCACCUUUUGAGGCCACGUCAGCCACGGUGCUCUGGCAGCUGUUCAGCGUGGCCGAGAGACUCCACGGUGGGGACGGGCUGCGCUGCCUCACUGACUUCCUCAUCCCAGCCAAGAGGGCCCUACAGCACCUGCAGCAGGAAGCCUGUGCCAGGUACACAGGCCUCAUCUUCGUGCACGAAGGCUGGCCGCUAUGCGUCCACGAGAAGGUGGUGGUACAGCUGGCGUCCCUGCGCGGAGUCAGGCUCAGGCCCGGCGACUUCUACCUGCAGGUCACGUCGGUGGGGAAGCAGUCGGCCAGACUGGUUUUAAAAUGUCUCUCCCAGCUUGGACGUGGCUCAGAAGAGGUCGCUGUCCCUGAGGCCAUGUACAGCUGCGUCUUCACAGGGCAGUUCCUGGAAUGGCUGAACGGGGAGCGGAACAGCGUCCCCUUGCAGAACUGCUUACUGACCUCAGGCUCUGCCGUCUUCCGCACCCCGUGGAGCAGUGUCACAGACCCCGUCUUUGUACCCACAUUCACAACGGUCCUGCCCCACUGCCCCUAUCCCAGGCCUGAGCAGUCAUCGCUCAGAAGAGCCUCCAAAGCUCUGACUCCGGCAGCAGCUGUGGCCAACAACCGUCCCCGGGAGACCACCCCUCCCAGCCACACCCCGCCCCUGUCCCACUGCCGCAGGCAUCCAGGGGGUGGCCAGCCCAGUCACCAACCUGCCCCAGGCGGCACUGGCUGGGGAAGCCCUAGGAGCACGUUUAGGAGCUCUGACGGAGGCCAUGUCAGGGUGGGGCCCUCAGAGCCGGUCCCAUGGGAAGGACCAAGAGGGAUCCUGGACCCCACAAACAAAAGGGACGGCCCCCAGGCCCUCACUGUCUGUGAGGACACGGGCAGCCCAAGCUCCAGAAGGCAGUUGCCCAGGGACCCGGCCAGCACGGAGGUCAGACGUGGGUUCAGGAAGUCCUACAUGGAGGCCCUGCGGAACCCCAUGCCCCUGGGCUCCAGUUCUGAAGAGUCCCUUGGGGAUGAGGCCUGCAGCACCCAGACCACGGGGUCCAGGGUAGUGUCCGGCCCAGCCCAGAAGGCAACGCCCAGUCCCUGGGGAGACUCCGUGGAGCUCCCAAGUCAGGAAAGACGUUCAGGAACCACAAGAAGCACCCUUCCCAGGAGGUCUCGGUCCUGGGACAGGUCCGUCAGGAGCUCACGAGGUGCCACUCGGCAGGCCUCCCGCCACUCAGUCAGCGCCAGGCUGGGAGGUCUCCUAGGAGGACGAGUUGAGGGCACCAGCAGUGCAGGCUCCAGCUGUCCGCCUUGCAGCACAGCCGAGAGUCCAGCUAGGGUUGACGCAGACAGCAGCACCUUCCUCAAGCGUGAUCCCAGCCAGGUUUCAGAUGUGCUUGUGGAUCCUGUGUGCCGCGAAGGAGGAGGACAGCUGCCUAGUACAGGAGCCGUGCCCAGCCAGGUUCCCAGGCAGCUGCUGGAAGUCAGCCAGGAUCUCCUGCAGUCCGGGGUCAUCACUCUCCCAGGGACGCGAGAUCACCAGGGGAGAGCAGUGGUGCAAGUCUGCACGAGGGGCCCGCUCUGGUCCAGCGCACACCCCUCCAGCGUCGAGCUGACCCGCCUGUUGCAAUACCUCCACGGCAUCCCCAGGAAGGAGGUGCGGGAGCUGGGGCUGGUCAUCCUGGUGGAUGCUCGCAAGGGUCCGGCUACUCCUGCACUCUCCCAGGCUCUGGCAGUGCUGCAGAAUACAUCUCCUCCCAUAAUUCAUAGUAUUGUGCUGUUGGUGAAUAAAGAAUCAGCAUUUAGGCCUGACAAGGAUGGAACAAUUGAGUGUGAGGUGGUGGGCUCCCUGAAGGCCUUGCACAAGCUUGUCGACAGCUCACAGCUGACCGCAGACCUCGAUGGCUCUUUUCCCUAUAGCCAUAGUGACUGGAUCUGCUUCCGUAGGAAGCUGGAGUCCUUCACCACAGAUUGCGAGGAUGCCAUUGUAUUCCUACAAAAUUCAGUCCACUCCCUGAAUAUUCACAGAACUCUAAGCACAGCACAGGAGGUCACAGACUUAAUCAACAAGCAUAAGGCAAUGAUGAAGUGUGUGCUGGAAGAUGCACUACUGGUUGCCCUCCGGCUAGAAGGUGGCACCAUGCUGGCACGGCUGAAGAGGGAGCAGCUUGGCAGCAGCCAAGACUACCAGGAUGCCAUCAAGGUCGCCUCCAGGUUGUACAACCAAGUGGACGAAGAGGUCCAUGGGCUGGUCCUCACCUCCAACAGAUGUCUGCAGGAGCUGGAGAGGCUACGGGAAAUAAGGAUGCUCCAGGAGGGACGAGGCCAGGUGGACAGGUGGAUGCUGCAGUGUGGUGAGUGCCUGGGACACCUGGGCCCGCAGCCCGUCGCUGAGUAUCUGAAUUGCUGGCACCAGGAGGCCACAGAGCUGACUACACAGAGCUUCCCUGGGGCAAGCAUGGCAGUGGCAGGCCUGGGCAGCCCGCAGGCCCUACAUCGGUGGCACCCCUUAUGGCUGCAGAGCCAGCACACCCAACUCUGCUUCCAAGAGGCCCUGUCUGGGGCUACCCCAGAUCCUGGCACCCCGCCUCUGGGCCGCAGACCCCUGAAGCAUGAGCUGGGCCAGGAGGCUGAGAGGAGGCCCCAUGAGCCAUCCUGGACGCCCUCCACUGACCUGGAGUGUCCCGCUGGGGAGCAGGCCCCGCUGCUGCCUGGCCUCCCUGGCCAAGCCUCUCUGCGCAGGCAGGAGGAUGAGCACCUGGCCCCAGGUGUGCAUUCCCCACACGACAGCCCCACUUGCUCCCCUGAGCCCAUCCAGACACCUGCCUCCCACCCCAGGAAACAUUCUCUGAAGAAAACUAUGAGAAAAACACAAAGCUUUGAGAUUCCACAGCUUGACAGUGGCCUCAGAGACUCCCACUGGCCAGGCCACACUGGGGUCUUCAUCAGGGGCCUGGAGGUGACCAGCACCGUGGCCUCCGAGAAGAAACCCCCAUCAAGGCCACAUGCUGAGAGCCCCCUGGUCACUCGGAACCAGAGUCUGUCCUCUCCCUCCAGGACCCACCCUUCCAAGGAGGACGGGAACAAGCAAGCAGGAAGCAGCCGACUGCAGCACAUCAUGGCUGAGAUGGUGUCCACGGAGAGAGAGUAUGUUCGGUCCUUAGGGUAUGUCAUUGACCAUUACUUUCCAGAAAUGGAAAGAACGGACCUGCCCCAGGACCUCCGAGGGAAGCACAGCAUCGUUUUUGGGAACCUGGAGAACCUCUAUGAUUUCCACCGCCAGCACUUCCUGGCGGAGCUGGAGCGCUGCCAGCACUGCCCCUUGGCGGCAGGCCGCGGGUUCCUGAGACACGUGAGUCCCUCCCUCCCAGGCACCGGGUCCACACGGCAGGCGCCCCUGUGGGAGGCGAAGGCGACAUCAGCCCAGGGUGCCUUCUGAGAGGCUGGGUCUGGCAACGCCCACGUUUCGGGUGAUUUGGAUCCGUGCAGACCCAGCAAUAAACAGACCCCAAAAUAGACAAGAAGGCUGUGGCUCUGAUCACAUCGAGUGUUUUUGCUUGGUGCCACCUGAAGGCACCCUUGGCCCCCAGAGCCGCACGACGCUGGAGGCCUUGCCUGCAUCGUCACCCACACACCCCUCUGCUCACCUCUCAAGGCUGUUGGCCCGAAGCAGUUCACGUCCUGUACACGGGAGCCCACCUGGUCCCAUCCUCAGUCCUCCCGCUGCAGCCGGCCAGCUCCCUCCCAGGCGGGGCCCGGGCCAGCCCGCCAUCUGAGCAAGCCAGGUCAGGCUUUCUGCGGAGGCUCCCGGACUGUGCACGUGCCCCACACGAGGGCUGCUCUCCCCGUGAGAGUCUUCCCAACUGUGUAUAUGAAUAUCUCCCUGUCUGGAUCGUUAAUGAAACUCUGAAUUCAGUUUGAAAACAAAUGCUUUCACCUAGCAGUCCCCUACGCAGUGAUCCAGGCAGUGGGGACGCAGUGGCACCUGUGCCAUGGGCAGGUGAGACGCGGCCUCCGCAUUCCUAAUGUAGACACCCACAACGGAAACGCCCGAGGGUGAAAGCAACUCCAUGGUGCAUCUUUUCAACUGUUUCUAAGAAGGUGCUUUUAGCCAGAAGAUGAACUCUGUGUUGCUUUAUGUUGACAACAACGGCAAGAAUUUCAAAUGUCAACAUAGCUUUGGUUCUGGGCUCCCCGUGCCCCCUCCCAGGCCCGCCUCUGCCCUCUCCCCCACGCCCUGUAACGCCCAAUUCUAGAUCUCUGGCAUCAAUGUGCUGGUAAGCCCCCGUGAUCCCAGGGCAGCGCUGAGCCUCCUUGUCUCCUGCCCGUGGGAGGCACAGCACACAGAGGGUGGGGGCAGAGGCAGAGACUGGACCUGGCCCCCCUCAGGUGCCCGGUGUCCUCCCUUCUUG